CUUCUUGCUCGGCAGCAUCACAUAACUUAAUGAAAUUAUUUGCUGUUUCUUCGCAGGUCAAUCACACUAUCAUGCUAAGCACCAUGGGAGAUUCCAGUUAUAGAUUUGGUGCUACAUAUGUGGGGACCAAGCAGACAGGACCUGCAGAGGCAUUUCCAGUUAUGGUGGGUGACAUAGACAACACUGGCAGCCUCAAUGCACAGAUUAUUCACCAAAUAAGCAACAGAGUGCGCUCGAAACUAGCCUUCCAGACGCAGCAGCAAAAGUUUGUCAACUGGCAAGGAGAUGCUGAGUUUAAAGGAGACGACUUCACAGCUACAGUAACUGUAGGAAACCCAGACAUGGUGGUAGGAUCAGGCAUUGUUGUAGCUCACUAUCUCCAGUCGAUCACUCCGUCCUUGGCACUGGGAGGAGAGCUCGUAUACCAUCGCCGACCUGGUGAAGAGGGAACAGUAAUGUCUUUGGCAGGAAGAUAUACAGGUUCUAAUUUUAUUGCCACACUGACCCUAGGAGGUGCUGGUGCACAUGCAUCAUAUUAUCACAAAGCCAACGAGCAGCUGCAGAUUGGUGUGGAGUUUGAAGCCAGCACUCGUAUGCAGGAAACAAAUGUAUUGUUUGGUUACCAGCUGGACAUCCCCAAGGCCAAUCUGCUCUUUAAAGGUUCUAUAGACAGUAACUGGGUAGUAGGAGCAACACUGGAAAAAAAGCUGCUGCCUCUUCCCCUGUCUUUGGCGCUUUGUUCUUUCCUAAACCAUCGUAAAAACAAGUUCCAGUGUGGGUUUGGUGUGACCAUUGGUUGAGCAACCUGUUCAGAGUUUAAGUGAACAGGGGCUGACAUUCACACAUUGAUGUUUUAGGGAUCAGCAACAUGUGGACACUCACACAAAGUGCACCAUCAAUUUAUCUUUUUUUUUUUAUAUGAAUGUGUCUCAGUCACUGUUUAUAUAUAAAGAAGUAUCCAGAAAGUAACUGCAGUAUAUAUUAUAUAUAGCAGAUAUUCAACCAUAUUCCCUCAAUGUCCAUUUCAUAAAGCAUCUUGCAAAAAAAAGUAAAUCAGCUGAUUCCUGAAUGAAGAAAUGUUGAAUGAAAAGUCUGAAAGGACAGACAGCGAAAUAAUACUUUAUUUUAGGUAUUUGAAGAGUGAUUGUAAUCUUGUUUGUUGUUUUUGUUAAGUCUCUCUCUCUCUCUCUCUCUCUCUCUCUCUCUCUCUCUCUCUCUCUCUCUCUCUCUCUCUGUGUGUGUGUGUGCGUGUGUGUAUUGUGGGUGAGGUUUUUUUUUUUUUUUUUUUUUUUUCUUAAACUGUAACUCUUUUUUUUUUUUUUUUUAAUCUAAAUUAAACAUUUUUGUUAGGUCCGCUUUCAUUUUUACCAUUUCUUUUACAAAGGAUACAUAUAUUAAAGUGAUCAGCUGAAUCUAGAUAAAUACGGUUUCCUAUAUAAAAACUUUUGUGUUUUUUUUAAAUCAUUUGUGCUUGAGUGUUGGUUGAGAAUGAGUAAGUUUUAGCUGAGUAGAAGAUUUUAGUUGUUCUUUAAUGAUGUAUGUACAGACACCUAUGUAAGUGAGCAGAAAAGAGCCAACAUAAAGGAGGAUGGUGAUAUCGGCUUUAAUAAGAACGUACCUCUGUUUCCAGACUGUUCAUAAUGGGAGUCUUUGUGAGGAACUGUUUCAUUGAUGUGUCUGCGUGAACAAGUUUUCCCAGAAAGAACACCAAAUUCAGUCUCCGAAAUGUCACCAAAUCUCAGACAAUAUUGCACAAAAGUUGAUCUAUGAUAUGCUAUAACCAUUGCAGUGAUCCUGAUAUAUGCAAUAAUUACAUUUCUUCAGUAUUUUGCCUUCAGUCUUCAUGGAGAAGAAGCAAUCCAAGCAUUGAAGGGAGGGCUAAGAAAGUAGAAGUGGCUCUUGAAUACUCCUCAGAAGCUUCUGGUCAUUGGAACAGAACCUCAACUACUGAGUCAGUGUCCUUUAUUAAAUAAAUAAAAGAUAUACAAGAAUACAA